AUGAAAUUCACCGCAGCAAUCUUUGCCACUCUCUUGAGCUUGGCAACUGCCGUGUGGCAAUGCGAUCAGAAAGUAUUCGCAGAAGGUGUCUGCGUUAACCGUGGCGUUCCGGGAGACGUUCAGCAGUGCUCAGCGUCGGCCAAAUGUACGGCAAACAAUAACUCUUGCGAACCACUCGGACCGGGCAAGGCAAAGUGCUCCUAA